CGUGAGUAGAGCUGGACUGAGCUGAAGCGGAGCACUCAACCCUCUGCAGCCCUGGUACCUACUCCCGCCGUCUGCCUGGCAAUCGCUCGCUCCUUUGCAUCAUGCUGUGGCAGGGCAGCCAGGCGCUAAGGCACUUCUCCACCGGCCAGGUUUACUUCAAAAACAAGCUGAAGUUGGCACUUAUUGGCCAGAGCCUGUUCGGACAGGAAGUCUAUAACCACCUCCUAAAAGAGGGCCACCGAGUAGUUGGAGUGUUCACAGUGCCAGACAAAGAUGGAAAGGCUGAUCCACUGGCUUUGGCUGCAGAGAAAGAUGGGACCCCUGUGUUCAAGUUCCCUCGAUGGAGAGUCAAGGGUAAAACCAUCAAGGAGGUGGCAGAAGCCUACCAGUCGGUGGGUGCUGAGCUCAAUGUGCUUCCCUUCUGCACACAGUUCAUCCCCAUGGAUGUCAUUGACUGCCCAAAGCAUGGCUCCAUCAUCUACCAUCCCUCACUCCUACCCAGGCACAGAGGAGCUUCCGCCAUCAACUGGACUCUAAUCAUGGGAGAUAAGAAAGCUGGGUUUUCUGUUUUCUGGGCAGAUGAUGGUUUAGAUACAGGACCCAUCCUUCUUCAGAGAUCGUGUGACGUCAAACCCAAUGACACAGUGGACAAUCUUUAUAACCGAUUCCUCUUUCCUGAGGGGAUCAAGGCGAUGGUAGAAGCUGUCCAGCUCAUAGCUGAUGGAAAAGCACCUCGCACACCCCAGCCAGAAGAGGGGGCAACAUAUGAAGGCAUCCAGAAGAAGGAGAACGCUGAGAUUUCUUGGGACCAGCCUGCUGAAGUUUUGCAUAACUGGAUUCGAGGUCAUGAUAAGGUCCCUGGAGCCUGGGCAGAGAUAAACGGACAGAUGGUGACUUUCUAUGGCUCAUCACUCUUGACUAAUUCUGUGCCUGCUGGAGAACCACUGGACAUUAAAGGUGCCAACAAGCCUGGUCUUGUCACCAAAAAGGGCCUUGUUCUUUUUGGGAAUGAUGGAAAAACACUGAUGGUGAAAAACUUGCAGUUUGAAGAUGGGAAGAUGAUUCCCGCCUCCCAGUACUUUUCAGCGGGUGAGACCUCUGUGGUAGAACUUACAGCAGAGGAGCUGAAGGUGGCCGAGACCAUUAAGGUCAUCUGGGCUCGAAUUUUAAGCAACAUUCCUGAGAUUGAGGACUCCACUGACUUCUUUAAAUCUGGAGCGAGCUCAAUGGAUGUUGUGAGGCUGGUGGAAGAGAUCAGACAGAAGUGUGGUGGGCUUCAGCUGCAGAAUGAAGAUGUCUACAUGGCCACCAAAUUUGGAGAUUUCAUCCAAAAGGUUGUGCGGAGACUGAGAGGAGAGGACCAAGAGGCGGAGCUGGUGGUGGAUUAUGUUUCCAAGGAGGUGAACGGGAUGACAGUGAAAAUCCCCUACCAGUGUUUCAUAAACGGACAGUUUGUGGAUGCCGAGGAUGGAGAGACUUAUGCCACCAUCAACCCUACAGAUGGAACUACAAUAUGCAGAGUGUCCUACGCUUCUUUAGCGGAUGUUGACAGGGCAGUAGCCGCAGCCAAGGAGGCCUUUGAGAACGGCGAGUGGGGAAGGAUGAACGCCAGAGACAGAGGAAGACUCAUGUACAGACUCGCCGACCUAAUGGAAGAAAGCCAAGAGGAGCUGGCAACCAUAGAAGCGCUGGAUUCUGGGGCUGUCUAUACCCUGGCCCUGAAGACUCAUAUUGGAAUGUCUGUGCAGACGUUCAAAUACUUCGCAGGCUGGUGUGACAAAAUCCAGGGCUCUACAAUUCCAAUCAACCAGGCCCGACCGAAUUACAACCUGACCUUCACCAAGAAGGAGCCACUUGGUGCCUGUGCCAUCAUCAUUCCCUGGAACUACCCACUGAUGAUGCUGGCCUGGAAGAGUGCAGCAUGCCUGGCAGCGGGUAACACCUUGGUACUCAAGCCUGCGCAGGUCACGCCCUUGACAGCUCUGAAGUUUGCAGAGCUGACCGUGAAAGCUGGCUUUCCAAAGGGAGUAAUCAACAUCAUUCCGGGCUCAGGGGGUGUCGCAGGACAGCGGCUCUCUCAGCACCCCGACAUCCGCAAGCUUGGUUUCACCGGCUCCACCUCUGUGGGCAAACAGAUCAUGAAAAGCUGUGCUGUGAGCAACCUGAAGAAAGUUUCCCUUGAGCUUGGUGGCAAAUCCCCGCUGAUAAUAUUCAGUGACUGCGACCUUGACAAGGCCGUACGGAUGGGCAUGGGAGCAGUAUUUUUCAAUAAAGGAGAGAACUGCAUUGCAGCUGGGCGGCUGUUUGUGGAAGAGGCCAUCCACGAUGAAUUUGUAACCAGAGUGGUGGAAGAGAUUAAAAAGAUAAAAAUUGGAGAUCCCCUGGACAGAUCUACAGACCAUGGUCCCCAAAACCACAGAGCCCACUUGGAAAAGCUGCUGCAAUAUUGUGAGACUGGGGUGAAGGAGGGGGCCACACUGGUGUAUGGAGGAAGGCAAGUGCAGAGGCCAGGCUUUUUCAUGGAGCCCACUGUGUUCACAGGCGUGGAAGACCAUAUGUACCUUGCCAAAGAAGAAUCCUUCGGGCCCAUCAUGGUCAUUUCUAAAUUCCAAAAUGGGGACAUUGACGGGGUGUUGCAGAGAGCAAAUAACACUGAAUAUGGCUUGGCCUCAGGGGUCUUCACGAGAGACAUCAACAAAGCCAUGUAUGUGAGUGACAAGCUAGAGGCGGGAACGGUUUUCAUUAACACCUACAACAAGACCGACGUGGCGGCCCCAUUUGGUGGAGUGAAGCAGUCUGGCUUUGGAAAAGACUUAGGUGAGGAGGCCCUGAGCGAAUACCUAAAACUCAAAACAGUGACACUCGAGUAUUAGAGAAACACAUCAGGAAACCUUUGCCGGACAGCCCACUUCUCAACCCUUCACGAGCUGAAGAUCCUGAUGAUGCUGAGGAAGGAGGGGCCAUCUGGAAGCCACAAAGUAGAUACAAGGAACAAGAAGAGUUAGACCACUUGUAUGAGCAGUUAUUUCACUAAGGACCUCAAAAAAUUCCAGUACACCUUUUUAUCACCAAAUGGCUUACCUCUUUUUAACAACAUUGGGUGCUGUUUUUCUAAAGUAUCAAAGCUCCCUCCCUCUCUCCCUCCUUCCCUCCCAGGAAUGUCUAUGCUCUUCCAGGUCAUCUGUCCUGAAAUGCUGACCUCACUCACAGGCACACUUAAGAGUUCUGGGUCUCAAUCCCUAAGAAGUAUAUACUGAACACUGACAACCUUCCUUUAGCUGUGCAUUCAAAGUGUAUCCCACCGAGAAUGUAAUGCCUGCCUUCUCCUCAUAUGAGAAGGAAGACUGGUCUUCAUGCCUUUGACUACUUUGUAACCCACUGCGACAGACAGGCAGCUUCUGAGCCUUUCUCCCACAUCUACCUACUUGGUUCAAAGUACUGGAAAGUUCAGAGGAUGCCCAGUUAUUGAUAUCAUCUUUGACCCUGUACUUUAAAUCCUAGGAAACAGCCUGUGAUGGCCAAUUCUGGUCAUACUAUAUCAGCUUACUGUGUGAGUUGGGGGAAACUACCCAACUUGUUUGAGCUCUGGCCUCCUCACGAGUUAAACAGGAGUAUCAGUGCCUUCCUCAGAAGCCUCAUUCCAAGGACUCUGCAACAAGAAAAGCCCCAGCGCUGUGCUUCGUAAUUCAUGUAAAUGUUCAAUUAAAUUUAAAUAUUUCUUUCCACUACUACUCUCGAAGUAUGGCCAUAAAUUGAUGAGAUUCGUGAACUUCCUAGGCAGCUCCUUAGUCAAUGAAGUUAACUGAUGGACGAAUGAACUUCCUAUACUUCUCAAUAAUCAAGGCUUGGACUAUUCUUCCCUGCCAACUGCCAUGCGAUGAAAAACGGUACUAGGCACAGUAGUUCAUGCCUGCAACACCAGACUCAGGAGGCCAGGGCAGGGUCCUUAUUGUUGACCUGAGGUGAACCUGGGCUAUGAAGAAAGUGUGAGGCCAGCCUGGGUCACACUAAGAGACCCCCUCUCAAAAACAGAAAAACAAAACCAACAUUUAAAACACAUCAGUGGCACCAGGAAAAGGGUCACAUUGUCCCCGGAUGCUUACUUCUCUGUUUUCAGGACAUGUUGCUUCUCACUUCUGUAUCUGCUGGCUCUGCUGCUCACUGACUGUGUGUAGUCAGAGGAGUCAGUGACCUCAUGUCUCCAAGUCUCCAUUUGUUAUAUGUAAGGUGGUGAUGAUGAUAAGCUCAAUGUCUUAGUGGUGGAAUGCCUGCCCAAGGAGCUGCAGCGUGCCACUUCAGGACUGGCUACUGAUCCUGUGUGGUGCUCACAAAGUUUCCCACUGUGGCUCAAGUUCGAUUAUCACCACUGACAUGCAACUAGACAAAGGGGAAUUUCUGAGCACAGAACUGAUGUGCAACAACCCAUUAUUUCCUUAAAACUAGGGAGGUAAGUGGUCCUCAAAAUAAUGAAGUGGCUGGGCUGGAUUGGGCCUAAUGAGCUUCAGAAGCAGUACUCAUGGCAUAAGCCCUAGGAACCCAUGAUGCCAAGGUAUGGUGAGAUAAAUGGAAAGGAAGUGUCUGUCCAACAACAAGGAAAUGUACUCUGCCACAGGACAGGAGUCAAAGUAAUGUGUGGAGGGCCACUUAAGAAGUGAUGCUUUGCUCUGUCUCCCUCCCUCCCAACUCUCAUACCUAAUCAGAGUAUCCAUGACCCCCGAGACAUGCCACCCUACCACGCACUACAGUCUUUCUGCACGUCUGGCUAGGAAGGCUCAUCACACACCCCUUCCUAAACCACAAGUGGACAAGAAUGGUGGGAAGUCCACAGAUUAGAACCUGAUAGAAACAUAUUCUGUUUUCCUCAGAACCAUGGAUCAGGAAUCAACAGAUAUUUAGGCCCAAGAACUUUACUGACACAAAGCUGAGAGAAAAGAGUUUAUUGGCACUAUAUAUUCCAUUCCAAGUAAGGUCCUAUGCUGCGCACUGAAGGCCUCACACAGAGCCGGGGAUACAGAGCAGCACACUCCAAUACAGCAAUACACUGCAAUACAAAGCUGGUUAUAAUUACCAUAGCUCAAUACAAUUAAACACACAAAUUGAUUCAUUUAGCACAACAACUAUGUAUACAAGAUAUGUAAACCCCGCUUUCUGAUUCACUUUCUAGAGUGCAGAGAAAACUAAAGACUUUUUUUAAAAGUGUGACUGCCAUGCAAUAAUAUUCACAAAUAUGAAGUUUACAAUUUAAGAAGGGUUUGCAUGUUUUGAGUAUUGGAAGCACUAAUUGGACUCAACUGGUUACAAAUGAACAUAUAUACAUAAGUACAUACAUACACUGGCCAAUAAAGGAAAGACUCAGUGAAAACUGGCCAGUCUCCUCUGAGGAUGACAGGAACACAAAGCCCUGGCUCACACCCACUAAUGCCCCUCCCAUAUCUGCUGGUUGCAUUGAUAUGUGGUAUUUGGCUUCCAUUUCUGCCUCUGCUUUCACUGACUUGUGAGAGACCACUGUGUACUUAGGAUAUACACUGUUGCAGGUUCUAAGUGUUUAUCCUGGGCUUUCUAGACUUUAAAUUACCUUCUCCAAGUUUUGCUUUUUUGUUUCUGAUUUUAGGCUUUAUAUGGGGUGGGGGUGAUUCUCAAUUAUGUUAUUAAAUAUGAAAUUUUAAUA